AUGGCUCCAUCUCCUCCAAAAACUUCUUCAUUGUUUCAAUCAUGGGCUCGUUGCAACAAUAUGGUCCUUUCCUGGUUACUUAAUUCUCUUUCCAAAGAGAUUGCUGCCAAUAUCAUUUAUGUUGAUUCUGCAAAGGAGAUGUGGUCUGAUCUUCACGAAAGAUUCUCUCAAGGCAAUGGUCCUCGGAUCUUUCAAUUACAAAAGUCCAUUGCAUCUUUUGCACAAGAUGACCUUUCUGUCAGUGCGUAUUUCACUCAGAUGAAAGGCCUUUGGGAUGAAUUGAUGAACUACCAUCACUUGCCUGUUUGUUCUUGUGGUGGAUUACGAUCCUUGAUGAGUAUGCAUCAACAGGAUUAUGUCAUGCGUUUUCUAAUGGGAUUAAAUGAUUCCUAUUCGCAUAUUAGAGGUCAAAUCCUUCUUAUUGAGCCUCUGCCUCCUAUCAACAAAGUAUUUUCUCUAGUUCUUCAAGAAGAACAACAGCGUGAUAUUGGACUUGUUUUAGUUCCAGACACACAAUCUAUUGUUUUCUCCUCCACUACAAAACAUGUUCCUAUGGCCAAACCUUCCACUCGCAGACCUAUUUGCUCUCAUUGUUCUAUUCCAAGGCGCACUAUGGAGAAAUGUUUUGAGUUGCAUGGCUAUCCUCCUGGAUAUAGAUCCAAAGGCCGAUCCUCUAAUUCUACAUCCAUUUCUCAUCCUUCUAUCAAUUCUGCUCAUCACAACAGUGUCAAUACUGCCAAUUCUACAUUAAAUCCCUCCAUGCCUUUUACUCCACAACAGUGUCAACAACUUUGGGCAUUUCUUCAUCCUACAUCCUCAGAUUCUUUACCAUAA